UAAGCGGAAGCUGGGCAAUCUUGUUGGUGAGGUGAUUAAAAUCGAUUGAGGAGCCAAAGGCAGAAGUGCUGAAUGCCCUUUUUUCUCUCGUUGCCCCUGAACCUGAAUGGUGGAGAACCGCGUGGUGCAGACCUGGGUACGGGGUGUCGCGGGGACGCGAAAACUCCCCAGAGCCGCAAUCGCCGGGUUGCCUGGGAAAGUCAGCAGCGCAGUGGCGGGAACCGCUGCCAGGCGGCCCUGGAACCUCCCAGGGGUGUGACUGUGGACUUCUCCCAGGAGGAAGGACAAUGCCACAAUGCCUAGGCCCGGCCCUGACUUUGUGCAGGGACUGGAUGUUGCAGAAUUACAGCAGUCUGGUUUCUGUGGGUGAGAAUAGUUUGCUUGCAGUCUCCUUUGCUCCUUAGAGUUCCUAGCAAAACUAAUCUGCGUGUGUGUGACUUGUGUGUUUAUAGAAUCUCACACUUCACAGAGUAAAGUGAAAUCCUCAGAGGAACAAAGAGAAAUUUUCAUAAAAUGUUCUCUCUUGUUUUGAGUAUUUUUUGGAGGUAUAAGGCUGCCAGCAUUUUUAGUCCAUGAUAACAGAACCUCCCUAGGGUAUGAUUCUCAUUCCAGUCAUUCACUUACAUUACCGCCUCUGAGAUUUGACUGAGCUGUGAUUGGAAGUGGGAUUCAAGUAACAAUAACUAACAAUGUUUUCUAAAUAUUUUCAGUAUUCUGACACUGCAUGACAAUUGAAAAAUUGUUUUAUAAUCCUCUAUUUUGUUUCCUCUUCAUGUACUGAGCACAGUACUGUGUUAGAAGUCCAGCUACUUUCUGAAGAAUCUCUUUCUCAUGUGCAGUGCUCCAAGAUGGAGAGGGAGGAGUCAGUGGCUAAGGAUGCAGAACUGUGUAUAUGGACUGAUGGGAGCCACCCUCUGGAGCCUGGGCAUGGAACCUGGAUCUCUAAAGCAGUAACAGACGUUCAUACCCAUUGAACCAUCUAUCUAGCCCUAUUAAGUUUUAUUUAUGGCAACAAGCCAUCUAUUCUUUGUUCCUGAAAGAAAAACUCAAAGAAGAGAAACAGAAAGAAAUGGCUGAUUCUCCAGUUAAUCUGUCCCAGGGUCUGUUUACAUUCUGGGAUAUAGCUGUGGACUUCACUCAAGAAGAGUGGGAGUGUCUGAACUCUGCUCAGAGGACUUUGUACAUUGAUGUGAUGUUGGAGAAUUACAGCAACCUGGUCUCUCUGGAAAACUAUUGCAAAUGUGAUCCAGUCUGUCAACAUGUGAAUAAUGAAAAGGAGUCUCAUCAGUGUAAUGAGCUUGGCAACGUGCUUUAUGACCCCUCCACAUGUGCACUCUAUAAAACACACAGAACUAGAGAAAACUCUAAUAGCUACAGAUGCAGUGAUCACAGGGAUGCCUCUGUUGACUCAUCAAACCCUGAUAGACAUGAAAGCAUGCACACUGGAAAAGAACCUUUCAAACCUAAAGACUGCAAGAAAUCUUUAAAUUUGGGUUCUAUCAUUAUUCAAGAUCACAGUCUCUACACUGCAAAGAAAGAACACAGACAGGGUGAAUAUGAUGACUCUUUCUCUUCUGCAUACAGUGUUUUGCAACAAACAAUCUACAUUGGAGGGACACCACACCAAUGUUGGAAACGCGGGAAAUGUGUCAGUACCACCUCAAGCCUCAUCAUACAUCCGAGAAUUUAUACGGGAAAGAAACCCUACAAGUGCAACAUUUGUGACAAAUCCUAUAAGCAGAGUGCAAGUCUUAAAACACAUCAAAGACUUCAUACUGGGGAGAAACCUUACAAAUGCAAAGAUUGUGGAAAGUCAUUUCGCCUGUUGGUAGUACUUAAAAACCAUCAGAAUAUGCAUACUGGAGAGAAGCCUUACACAUGUAAGGAAUGUGACAAAUCCUUUCCUGUGAAGUCAACUCUUACAAAGCAUCAGAGAAUUCAUACUGGAAAGAAACCCUACAAGUGCAAUGUUUGUGACAAAUCUUUUAGUCAGUGUUCACAUCUUAAAAUACAUCAAAGACUCCAUACUGGGGAAAAACCUUACAAAUGCAAAAAUUGUGAAAAGGCGUUUCAUGACUUAUCAGCACUUAAAAGCCAUCAGAAAAUGUAUACUGGAGAGAAGCCUCACAAAUGUAAGGAAUGUGACAAAUCCUUUGCUCUAAAGUCAACUCUUACAAAGCAUCAGAGAAUUCAUACUGGAGAGAAACCCUACAAAUGCAACAUUUGUGACAAAUCUUUUACUCAGUGCUCAAGUCUGAAAACACAUCAAAGACUCCAUACUGGAGAGAAACCUUACAAAUGCAGAGAAUGUGGAAAGUCCUUUCCUCAGUCCUCAGCACUUAAAAGCCAUCAAAAAAUGCAUACAAACAAAAGGCAUGCUGGAGAGUAACUUUACCAAUUCAAUGAGUGUCCUGUAACUACUAUUCAUUAUUAGAAAGGCAGUAGAAAAUUCAUUUUCUAGAUAAAUUAUACAAAGACAAAAAAUGUUGUAAGUCCUUUCUCAAAUUAUCACAUCUUAAAAUGCAUUACAGAAUCCACACAGGUGAGAAACCAUAGAAUGGUGACUAUGUGACAAAUGCUUCACUAUGACCUCUACUCUUAGAACACAUCAGAAAAUUCAUACUGGAGAGAAAUCUUACAAAUAUAAAGAAUGUGACAAAUUUUUUUCUAAGUGUUCAGGUCUUCAAACACAUUAGAAAAUUAAUACUGGACAGAAACUUUACAAAUGGCAAGGACUGACAAAUUUUUCAUCCAGUAUUCAAAUCUUAGAAUAUAUUAUAGAGUUCAUAAUGGAGAUAGAAUUGCAUAUGUAAAGAAUGUGAAUUUUGUACUAAAUGCUCAACUCUUCGAGCACAUCAGAAAAA